AUGCCCGCCCUCCCCGCUAUCCAGACCGGGGCCGGUACCCAGACCUACGCUCCACUAGUGGACCGACCCUACUCUCCCACUCCUGUUCUCUCCCGCGUCAUGCCCGCCGCUCCAGGCAUGUCCCGCAUGUCCUCUACAUCCUCCGCGGCCUCGUCCGACUCGUACACUACCACCCCUACGGGAUAUGCCUCCACCGAGCGCCACGACUACACGCAGCACCACGGUGGAUCGGAAGAGACCUUGUCGGCAGGUACGCCGAAUGCGAAUCCAGGCUCCAAGGGAAAGGGCAGGGCGCGAGAGCAGGAACAGGAGCAGGUGGAUGAAGGCGACGUAGGGGAUUAUAAAGACAGAGAGAGGGAGAGGGAGCGGAAAGGGAAGAUGAGGGCCGAAGGGGGAGGUCAGGGGAGAAAUCGAGUAUGGGAUGAAGAACAGGGGAGAGCGGAGGAGGUCUACGGGAAUGCGGUGUAUCCGCCUACGAAUGAAGAGGAGGAGGAGGAGCGCAAGAUCCAAGAGAACCUCGCUAGGAUGGCAGCGAGGGAUAUGGCCCGCCGGCGCGCUUCUCGCCUUUCCCGCCAAAUAUCGCCCUCACCCACUGGUACCCCAGAUCCAAACGAGAGCGGCGGAUUCUCAUCUUCCACUUCGUUCGGUAGGAGACCGCUUUCUGGGCUGAGUAGCGGGAGUAGUGUGGGAUCCAAGCGGGGGAGUAUCAUGGGCCUCAUGGAAGGUCUGUGGCCUCGGAGCGGUGGGGGCGGGCGGGAGCUAGAACGUAUUGACGAUGCCGGAGAGCUACCCCUGAAUCACACGCACUCGCGCAUAUCGACCCACUCAGACGCUUCCGCCCACCUCCACCCCUACACGACCCCCUAUGACGCCCAAUCGCGCGCCAUGCCACCCCUCUCACCCACAUCCUCCAAAUCACCAUUCGCCGACCCUCCUUCUCCCUCUCACCCUCAGCACGCGCGCCAAGCAUCCACCGCAUCCGAACAAGGAUUCAGCUAUAGUGGUCCAGGCUGGCGAGGGGGCGCAGCUGUCGCUGGAGCGGGUGCCGGUGCUGGGGCGGGUAUCAUGCUAGCGAAUGGGUAUCAGGCGGAACCGAAGGAGAAGUGGUGGCAUGCGUUAUGUGCGUGGGGAGAUGAUUUGGAUGGGGGGCAUGGGGAGGAUGGGGAUGGACAGGCGGGGAGGACGAACCCUAUGGAAUAG